AUCAUAAAGUUGAUAGAAAACUGAACUAGAAUAUUUCAUAGAUAUAACUAGAGUUUUAAAAGUUUUGCAAAAUAUAAUAUAUUAAAAUAUGGGUUUUUAUUUAAAGUGUAAUUUGUGAGACCGUUGAAACAAGUAAUACUGUAGACAUGUAUAAGUACUUGUAGUACAGUUUAUUGUGUGUUGUCAUAAUCAUUUUCGGCUAACAGUGAAAUUCUCACAAAUUGUAGAUUUGGCAAUUGGCAUUAAUCGACAUCGACACAAAACGUGAAGUGUCUUAUCAAAAUAGAAAUUGGAAAGUAAAUAUGUAUUUAUUUUUAAGAACAAUAAUAUGAAUUAAAGUUAUAUAAAUUAUCAGUUUUUUCACAUUCUUUUAAUAAGGAUUAUAAACUUAUAAACUUUAUAUUCAAAUAUAUAAUUAAAAUGAAUUUUGGAGGUACAUUAAGAGUAAACAAAUUCGCAUGUUUUACUUUAGUGUUCGUGUUAUUCUUGAUCAUUUAUUGGCGAUCUGGUGGAAAUGGUUACCCGACUGAUGUGAGUGAUCUUGUGAGUAUAAAGUCACUAUUAAAUGCUGCAAUAUAUGCUGCCGAACGUGGUGGUGUGAAAGUGAUAGAAGGUAAAAAUAAAGGACUGAAAGUGCAUAGCAAAGGAAAAACGAAAGAAGGUGCAAACGAUCCUGUAACAGAUGCAGACUACGCAUCACAUUGUGCCAUGUAUUAUACUAUUAAAAAUGCAUUUCCUAAAUUAGCUAUUGUGUCUGAAGAGCAUUCUGAUGGAAACUCAGAAUGCCAGAAUCAAGAUCCAAUAGAUUUGGAAUCAACACCACAAGGACAGAGAAUUCUUAAUUCUAUUAAUGAUGAACAUGUUCUUGCUAAAGAUGUGACAGUUUGGAUUGAUCCUUUGGAUGCAACACAAGAAUAUACAGAGGGUUUAUAUUCCUAUGUCACAACUAUGGUCUGUGUUGCCAUCAAUGGGGUACCAAUUGUUGGGGUGAUCCAUUAUCCAUUCCCACCAACCACUUAUUGGGGCUGGCUUAUGAAAAGGACCUCUAGUAAUAUACCAAAGAUUUUAUAUAAAGAGGACAAUAAAAACCAUCCAAAAGUUAUUGUUUCCCGGUCACAUCCAGGAAAAGUUGCAGAAAUAGCAAAAAAUGCAUUUGGAGAGAAAACAGUUAUUACAAAAUCAGCAGGAGCUGGAAAUAAAUUUAUUAGUAUUUUGAAUGGCACAAAUGAUGUCUAUUUACACGAAACUGCAAUUAAAAAGUGGGAUUUAUGUGCUGGUCAUGCAAUUUUAAAGACCAAUAAUGGAACUAUGACUACAACUAAAGGCGAGACCAUAGACUAUUCAAGUGGUAGUAAUGUUGUAGUCUCGGAUGGUAUAUUAGCUACUUUGUAUGACCAUCAAUUUUAUUUAAAUAAACUAAAAAAUGCUAUUUAAUUAAGAAUGAUUUGUAGUUUAUUUGUAAAGCUAUGACUUGUGUUGUUUAUUUUCAUUAUUAAGACUCAACAAAUAAUAGAAAAUGAAUGAUAAAGAAAGCGAAGUAUUUUAAGAGUACAUAGUCAUUAUAAAUUUUAACAAUCAUUUCCAUAUAAGCGAUCUUAAGGUAUGUUUAAAUAUUUAUUACAAUUAUAAAUUUGUUCAAGUUAACAACCAAGGUGCAAUUAUUAAUGCAAUAAUAAUAUUUUGUAAGAUAAGUUUGAGUUUUAUGUAGGUGUUAGGAGUAAAGAUCUCAGGAAAAAUAUUUGGUGUUUUUUAAAUUUGUGAAUAUUGGGAUAUUUAAAUGUUUAUAAAUGUUGCAAAUCAAAUUUUGAUACAAAUGUUUUGGAAACAACCCACAUUAUAAGCAAUUUUUUUAUUUAUAUUGAAAUUAUAUUUUGGGUGAUGGUUUUUUGAGUUAUUCUAUUAAGUUAACAAUGUAAAUAAUUAAAAAUCAAUAAACAAUGUGAAAAUUAUCAUAAAA